AUGAUUGCGAGGCUUUUUCCUGGUAGGACUGAUAAUUCCGUCAAGAACCAUUGGCAUGUUAUCAUGGCUCGUAAGUAUAGAGAACACUCCUCUGCUUACCGUAGGAGGAAGCUUAUGAUUAAUAAUCCACUUAAACCUCAUCUUCCUAAUCACCGUAGCCCUAAUUGCCCCUCUUUUAUCUCCACUAAGCAUUACUUUACACGGCCUUUCCACGAGUUUAAUUUGACUCACCACCUGGUUAAUCAUGCGACUAUGACGGCUGACCAAAAUCAUCUUGUGUUGCCUUUCCAUUGCUUUCAAGGUUAUGAGAGCACUGAGGCUCCAACGGUCGUGAGUAUGUUUGGCAAUCAAAUGAUGAUCGAGGAUAAUGUUGGUGCCACGUCAGAAGCGUUAUAUAAUUUUCCGUACGUUGACUCAAUGAGCCAAGAGAAAGGAGUGCCAAAUGAAGCAAUGAAUUUGAUUGGAAUGGAAGUGGUAGAUGAGGAAGUGGCGGAAUUAAAAGAAAAGCAAGAAGUUAUCUCUAUUAGCAAGAAAGCAAACAAACCAAGAUCCAUGUCCGUGUCCUUGUGUUUGCGUUAA